UCGCUGAGCGCUCUCCUUCUUCUCAUGGAGAGGCUUAUCCCUUCCCCCUGUCGAACGGCUCCGCCCUUCGCGAGGCCUCGCCCGCCUGUCCUCCUCCGGCGACCCCCAUCGUACCCCAAGCACAGCCUUCCUUGGCUCCCGCGCAAUGGCUUCAAGCCCGUGGCUUCGCUCGUCUCCAAACGAGUAGGACCGCCGCCGCCGCAUCCCACGCCUGCUGUUCCUAGCUCUUCCUCCUCCCUCUCCGAUGCCUCGGCUUCUCGCUCCGCCGAGGAGGCCCGGAAGGCUGAGCUAUUUCCCGAAAGAAGAGCAUCCGCCGGUUCUAUCCUGCGAAAGAUCUCUUCCUCUCAGGCUGUACAUUCUGCAGUGCUUGUUCUCACAUCAGCAAUAAUUUUUACAAUAAUCCAACCAAUUCUAGUGCCGCCCUCCUAUGCAACAGUGCAGUCUGCUGCCAGAUCUGGUGGAAGGCUCAUUAGAACGGAAUUAUUAAGCAGUGCAUGGACUGGUUUUCUUGCUGGUUGCCUACACACAUUAUCGGGCCCUGACCAUCUUGCUGCCUUGGCUCCCUUAUCCAUUGGCAGAACGAGGAUCGAGAGUGCUGUAGUAGGAGCCCUUUGGGGAUGCGGCCAUGAUACUGGUCAAGUGGUAUUUGGAUUACUGUUCCUUAUGCUCAAAGAUCGUCUGCACAUUGAGGUCAUUCGUACAUGGGGAACAAGAGUUGUUGGUUUAACUCUGCUUGUCAUUGGUGCAAUUGGAUUCAGAGAGGCCUCAGAGGUGCCCACGCCUUGUGUCGCUUUAGAAAAUGGGGAGUGUGAUGUUAGUAUCUACGAGCACUUGGAUGCAGGUCCGACUGGGAAAAAGAAGUUUGGACUUGCAACCUUUGCUACCGGCAUUGUGCAUGGUCUGCAGCCUGAUGCACUCAUGAUGGUCUUGCCAGCGCUAGCACUUCCGUCGCGCUUGGCUGGUGCUGCAUUUUUGUGUAUGUUUCUUGUUGGCACGGUGUUUGCCAUGGCAAGUUACACAGUUUUCAUAGGUUCAUUCACUCAGGCACUGAAAGAAAGGGUUCCUAGGAUUACAGAGAAGCUAACAUGGGCUGCUUCUCUUGUAGCAAUAUCCAUGGGACUAGCCAUUCUCAUUAGCCAGUUCUUUGGUUUUAGUCUGUACUGAUUUUUCAUCUUUAAAAUCUUGCAAAGAAGCUAUUAGUAGAUCUGCAGAGUUUGCUGUAUGACAAAAACUACUAUUAAUUUGUUUCUUUUGGAUUACUUUA